AUGACCCAAUAUACACUUACAAAUAGGAUACGAACCCUAAUCGAGUCAUCCAAUAUCCCAGAUGAUGUCAAGAAAGCCAUUUUCGUCCGGGGAUGGAUCACUCACAAGGAUUUAAUCAAGCUUUAUAGAAUGCACAUCUUCAAAUUAGGCCAAUCAAAGGUGAAGCAGGACCACACCUUGCUUGAGUUCAUGGCAGGUUCUAGAAUAUAUCGGAAGCCGGUGGUUGCACUGAAAAAGACGCGGGAGUUUACAGAGUUGAUGGAGAAGUUACGUCUGAAGCAAAAAGAGUUGGAUUAUCAAAAAAUGGUGAAUGCAGAUCUUGCAAGUGGUGAUUUACACCGCAUGAUCGAACUUGAACGUCAAAAGGUAGAGGGAACAGACCACCGUCCUUCAAAUGUGGCAAAAGAGGUGAAAAGUCAGCUUUCAACAGUCAUAAAUAUCAUGUUCACUACAAUAUCUGUUGCUUAUGCAGUUUGGUACUGGACUGGUUCUUCGACCAACAUGAGUCUUGAAGCGAGAGUGCUAUGCUCACUACUCUUCACAUUGUUGGCUCUUGUGGCAGAGGUGGUUGUUUUCUCUGGGUAUGUUCGAAAAAUCCGCAUUGCGAGAGUUGAGGAGAGACAGAAGCCUGGAAAGGAAGUGAUUGUGGAGAGUAUAAAAUUUCAGGAUGGAACGCACAGGAUGAACAAGGUGAGGAGAAGUGAAAGAAAGAUUAAGGGGGAGUGA